CUCCCUGGCCGGCGCCAAAAGAGAUGCUUUUGUCCGGACGUGAUCGGCGGAGGUGACCCCGAGCGCCGCGGGCCCCCUGCGCAUCGGUCGCGGGCGGGGAUGGCCGGCCCGAGCGGCCGCCGGGGGGCGUGCGUCUGCCUUCACACUCUGCUGGCUUGGGCUUCGGCCUGGGCCGGCUGCCCCUCGCCGGUCCCCAAGCCGGUCGACUUCUCGGUGGUUUACGCCGCGCCUUUUUUCCAAGCCCGCGGCCCGAUCCAGAACAUCGUCAACAACUCCUUGUACCGGGAGGUGUACGUGGCCUCGCGAAACGCCAUCGAAGCCGUCGACGGGAGCUUGCGGAAGGCGUGGGGACUUUGCACCGGGCCGGCGGGGAGUCCCGAGUGUGGGAUUUGCGACCUGUGUCGGAUGGACGGGGACCCCGACUUCCCGGAGGACACGGACAAUCAGGUGCUGUUGUUGGACACCCUCUUCAUGUAUUUGUAUUCCUGCGGCAGUUCCCAGCACGGCGUUUGCUAUUUCCACCGACUGCGCGGCGACGGGAAGCCGCCGUCGGUUUCCAAGUGCUUGUUCCGAGCCGGCUCCAACUCGGCCGCCUACUGCCCCGACUGCGUCGCCAGCCCGCUGGGUACCAAAGUGGCCAUGGUGGAGGAGGGCCAGACGCUGUAUUUCUUCGUGGCCGCUACGGUCAACGAAAGCGUAACUCGGCGCUACGGGAGGAAGUCCAUAUCCGUGCGGCGACCGCUGGCGACGGAAGACGGCUUCUACCGCGACGUGCGCGACCUGACCGUGCUUCCCGGCCUUAGGGGGACUUUCCGCAUCGACUACGUCUACAGCUUUUUCACGCGGGAGUUUGUGUACUUUGUGGCGGUCCAGAGGGAGAGCCCGGACCAGGAAUCGUCGCCCUUUCAAACGCGACUGGGCCGUCUCCCGCGCAACGAAUGGGAGAUGAAGCGAUAUCGGGAGGUGGUCCUGGAGUGCCGUUUCGAGCCCAAGCGGCGGCGCAGGAACGCGCUCAACGAGCCCUACAAGGACGUGGUGUACAACGUGGUUCAGGCGGCGCAUUUCGGCAAAGCCGGCCGGGAGCUGGCCGAAGAGUUGGGCGCCGAGGAGGAGGACGAUAUCCUCUACGGGGUCUUUGCCGUCACGGACGACAACGGGGUCGCCGAGCGCGAUUCGGCCCUGUGCGCCUUCCCCGUGGACAACGUCAACGAGGCCAUCGCCGACGGGGUGGACGACUGCUGCCAAUCGGGACCCGAGCAACUGUCCCGGGGUCUGUGCCACUUCCAGCCCUGCGAAAGCUGUCCCCACGAGAGCAUGGAGAACAACGCCACGUGCAGAGACCAUCCGACCAUGGUUUCCCAGCCCUACUACCGAGUGGACCUCUUCAACCGCCGGAUGACAAACGUCCUUCUCACCUCCCUGUUGGUGACCACCAUCGACAACAAGACCGUGGCCCACAUUGGUACGUCCACAGGUCGACUGCUGCAGUUGGUGCUGACGAGAUCCAGUCCCAUCGUCUUUGCUAAUUACUCUUUGGCGGACAACCAAAGGAUCUCAUCCAUCGCUGCCGUCCACUCAUCCGAGUAUCUCCUGUUUGUGGUUGGAGACAAGAUGUUUCAGGUCCCCCAGAGAGGGCCGGGCUGUCGGCACUUUCUGACUUGCGCCGCGUGCCUGACGGCCCCCAAGUUCAUGGGCUGCGGCUGGUGCUCGGGGGCGUGUUCGUGGGAGAGCGAGUGCUCGAGCCGCUGGAGGAACGAGUCCUGCCCCCCGCGGAUCUCCGGGUUCUUUCCAAGGACCGCUCCCCCCGACGGUCAAACAGAGUUAACGGUGUGCGGACGGGAGUUCCGGUCGCCCCUCAGACCCGCUAUCACCUCCAGAAGCCACCAGGUUAGACUGGGACAGACGUCGUGCACCGUGCUCCCUCUCAAGAGUAACAACACACACUUGGUGUGUAAGAUUCGCUCCGGGGCCACCGAGCUUUCGAAAGCAGUCAACGUUACGGUGGAAGUGCGCGAGGGCGAAGGAGGCACCAAGGUGGAGGGACGCUACGCCAUUGACGGGAAGGCAGAAAUGCCGGGCUUUACGUUUCUGAUACCCAACAUCACGGAGAUCCAGCCCAACUAUGGGCCUCGCGUCGGGGGCACGUUGAUCACCGUGACCGGAGCUCACUUGGACGCCGGAAGGACAAGGAGAGUCACGCUCAAUGACGUGCCCUGUCCCAUCCAAAGAGUCACCAAGCCCAAAGGCAACAUGUCCUCCAUCAUCUGUCUGUCGCAGCCCAUCUCGGAGGCGAGGGACGUACCUCUGGGUGUCUUCAUCGACAAGUCUCCCGUGGUCACCACAAAGGUUUUCUACUACAAAGAAAAUCCCCAAAUCACCGCCGUCCUGCCCGACUGCAGCUUUGACAGGGGCUCAAAUCUUUUGAUCGAAGGAGAGAACCUGGAUUCCGUUUAUCGCACCGUCAUCCGCUUUAAACCCAACGAGAGCCACCUGAAGCCUGUGACGAGGGAGUGCACUGGCAAGGCCUCGUCCACGAGGAUGGCGUGCGUGGCUCCCGUCUUUCCGAGGGAUGAGACGGAGGAAGGGGAGCUUUCCUUCGACAUGGACGGAGCCAAGGGGCUUUGGAACAAAGAGUUUUCCUACCACCCUUACGGCGAGCCCAUACCCUUUGAGACGGAGGGACGCCAGCUGCAUCUGUACCCGGGCUUCGACGAAGUUUCGCUGCACCAUCAGAAGUUGAACCUGGUCAGCUCCUGCAUGACCAUCGUGAUGACGGUGGCGGGGGUUGAUUGCGACGCCAAAGUCCUGGAUAAUGAGAUCACCUGCCGGAUACCCAAAAAUGUAACCGUGCCUCGCGAGGGACUGCCCGUGAAGAUCUCCAUUAACGGGCAGGUCCACGACGUGGGCACGGUGAUUAGGGUCAGCAACCACUACAUGGUGGGCAUCGUGCUGGGGAUCCUCGCGGCUCUGGUGGCCGGGGCGGCGCUGGCCUUCGCCGUCAUGAAGCACCUGAGGAAGAAAAAGAAAGCUGCCACGGUGGAGAUGCGCUUGGCCCGCAGCGCCAGCCGUUCCGGGACCGAUGAUGUGGACUUGUCACCGGCGGGCGACUACAGGAGAGGUGUGACGUUGCGACCGCCCGCGCUGACGUUGCGACCGCCAGUCCGACUUUUCUCAAACGGCCUUUUCUUAGUGGGAUCCCUGAAUCCGCCGACUCCCGUUGCCGCGGCCGGGCCCGUGGCCUUCCCCGGCCCGUCCUACGCCGCGGGCGGCGGCGACGUUACGCUCACUCCUCUCAUGGCCGCAGAGACCAUUUCCAUUUCCAGUUUUAGGCCGCAGCUAUUGGAGGAGGUUAAGGACGUCCUGAUUCCUGCCGAAAUGCUCCUUGUGCAACACCAUCGAAUCAUUGGCAAGGGUCAUUUCGGAACCGUCUAUCACGGCUACUUGACGGACCAGAGCCAUAGAGAAAUACACUGCGCCGUCAAGUCUUUGAACAGAAUAACGGAUGUGGAGGAGGUGGAGCAGUUUUUGAAGGAAGGGAUCAUCAUGAAGGGCUUCCAUCACAUCAACGUGCUGUCCCUGCUGGGCAUCCUCCUGCCGCGAGAAGGGCUCCCCCUGGUGGUCCUGCCUUAUAUGAAACACGGCGACCUGCGCCACUUCAUCCGCUGCGAGAAGAGGAACCCCACCGUGAAGGACCUCAUCGGCUUCGGACUGCAGGUUGCCAAGGGCAUGGAAUAUUUGGCUCAGAAGAAGUUUGUCCACCGAGAUCUCGCCGCACGCAACUGCAUGCUGGAUGAGUCUUACACCGUCAAGGUGGCAGACUUUGGCAUGGCCAGAGAUGUUUUCGACAAGGAGUACUACAGUAUUCAAGACCGCAGAAAAGCGAAACUGCCCGUCAAAUGGAUGGCUAUCGAGAGCCUACGCACGCAGAAGUUCACUUCUAAAUCCGAUGUGUGGUCCUUUGGCGUGCUGAUGUGGGAGAUGCUGACCAGAGGAGCGAGCCCGUACCCGGAAGUGGACCCUUACGACAUCACGCACUACUUAUUGAAGGGCAGGAGGCUUCCCCAGCCUCAGUAUUGUCCUGACCCUUUGUACAGCAUCAUGCUUGAGUGUUGGGACCCCGAUCCGGAAGCCAGGCCUAACUUUGCUACCUUGGUGUCUGCCGUUAGCGCCAUCCUCUCCGGCCUGGAGGGAGAACACUACAUCAGUCUGAAUGUCGCGUACGUCAACCUGGACCAGCCCAGGCCGUACCCGGCGCUCACCGAGUCUGCCGACGAGCACGACUCCACGGACGCUGAAAGUCGCUCGGGCUCAACCUCCUCCUGAUCCAGGACCUUCAAAUUGCUGUCACUUCUUAACGCAAGGGGUCAAACGCUCCAUUCGAGUGCGCUUCACUCAAAAGCAGCUCCU